AUGGGUCAUGCGCACAUUAUGAGGGUUCGCAGUUUGCAAACCUUUGGGCUGAGUAUAAUUGAAGUUCAAGGCGCUAAUUUGAGGAUGUACGAGUCAUUAGACUUAUGGUCUAUCUUAAUUUUUCCUCUUAAAAUUCCAGAUUAUCUACAGUACCUUAACAGUCUGUCGCAGUCUCAAGCAAGUACCCGAAUGAAUAAUUCUACAGAAGUUUGGUUUAUUAACUCCCCAUUGCAAGGAUGCUCCGCCAUGGCGUCAAUAAUGUUUACAUCAACUCUAUCUCUUAUAAGCAUGGCAGCGCUUGUCGGCAAUAUCUUGGUUGUUGCAACUGUUGUGAAGACCCCCAGCUUGCGGACCAGCACAAACUACUACAUCGUGAACAUGGCUUUCUCCGACCUCCUCGGACCGUUGUUCAAUUGGCUGUUGUACGUCAGCGAAGGAAUGUUGACGUCAACUGUCUAUAUAAGUGGCACUCUGGCUUCAAGUGUUUGCAAACUAGGAAUGUACCUCAGAGCGGUGUCACAGAUUGUCUCUAUUCUAAGCCUUGUGUUGAUUGCCUUGGACAGAUUUGUAGCCAUUGUUUUCCCUUUAAAAGCUAUGACGAUAAUGAAUACAAAAAUACGGGUGAUUUUUUUGUUACUAUCUUGGUUGAUACCUUUCUUUUUUGUUUUGCCUUACGCUCUUUUUGCAAAAAUUAUCAAAGAAGGUGACCAAACAUUUUGCAGAUUUAUGAUGAGCGACGAGGCUUUGACAAUUUUUAAUAGCGUCGGAAUAGUUCUGUCAUACGCAUGUCCCCUUAUCGCGAUAAUAGCUUUUUACUCGGUCAUUUUUAGAUCCUUAAGAAAGACUCCAAACUUACUGAAAGGAAAAGAAGACGCAAAACGACGCCAGCAGAACCUGAGAAUUGUAAAGAUCCUGAUAUCAAUCGUGUUUGCAUUUUUUAUUUGCUGGACUCCAUUAACUGUAUAUUUUUUGCUGAAAAAGUUAUACCCAUCUCUUUUCACAGAGGACAAAUGUUUUUAUAUCCUAGGUUUUACUUUUUAUGUCUUCCCUUCUUUAAGUACUGCGGUUAAUCCCAUUAUUCUUUUCGUGCUUAGUACAAAUUAUAAUCGAGCUUUGAAGGUUCUUUGCUCAUUCCAUUUUUCUGUUUGUAAACGUGAAAGUGAAGAGAAGCAACUUGGGCAGCCUGAAUUAUUGACAACAGAAAAUGUAAAAGUAGAACUGACAGAAAUUAAACCGCACUGUCCGUGAUUUUGUCUCUUAAAGUAUACAUUUUAAUAACUGUUAGACGACACUUUUUUCUAGUAUUAACUCAGUUUAAAGGUAACUUAGGGCGGUUGACGGUUAACCUCCACAUUUAUUUCAGUAUGUCGUCUCAUUUGACUCAAAUAAUGUUCAGCAUUUAUACAAGGACUCGACAUAUAGUGGCUAUUAAAGGAAACUCUGCUUAUUCUGGUAAGCAUUGUUGGUUACAUUAGUUAACGUUCGUCACUAAUAACUACUCAGUGAUAUCCACUACCUCUUCUUGAAAGCGUGACGCGAUGAUACCUGCAAGAUGAGGUAUUAGCUUAACGGCACUAUUUGACGAUGAUAUUGCUGUUUUAGGCAGGUUUUAAAGAGAAACCAAAGUGCAGUGGCUAAUCCCAAAGAAAUUUUUGUUUUUGAGGAUCAAAAUGUUUGCUCGGGUAAAGAUGGUGAAAACAUUGUGAUUUGAGCCAACUGACAAAAUUAAGAGAUUUUUUAUUCAGCGAGUAUUGUGUUUAUGUUGUAGUUAAUUUUUUAUCUCAGGUAAUUUUUAUUUUUCUUUUGUUUCAACUUCAUUAGCAUACAUUACCAUACCCAAAAACAAAAGAAAAAUAAAAAUUACCUGAGAUAACAUAUACAUAUACUGCAAUGAAGGCCUUCUUCAAGCAAUUACCCCCCGUCCUUCCGCACCACAGGUAUGCCAAUGUAAAAUAACUCAAUCAACAGUUUUUGCAACCCAAAUGCAACUCGAGAUUAUUUUGGCGGGAAAUCGCAUAGCCACCCGCGUCUUGUAAAGCAGAGACAACUAAAGCUCAAUAAAGCCGAAAACGGAAAGCGGAAAUUGUUUCUGUAUCUGUGUUGUCUAAAGUAUUAAGCUUAGAUUAAUUGUCAUGUCCACAAAUUUGGAAUAUAGAGCAAGAGAAAGACAGAGAAAAAGGGAAAGUAGGUGGCAGGCCAGCGAAGCUCAACGAGAAAAAGGGCGACAGAGAUCUAGGGCGAAAGAUAAAAAAAGAAAGGAGACAUUUUUUUGUCGGAAGGACAACAUUAAAAUUUUAUAGCGGCGGUGAUAAAAUAAGAAAUGCUAGCGGCCACCAACCGAAGAUGAAAAUGAGUGGCAGUGAAAAAAAAAGUGGACAUUUCCUCCAAGCAAGGUGUAACGUCUAAGAAGUUUCUGGAAGUUUCACUUUGUAGUCGUGCUAAACAAAGGCAAAGAAAUGAACAAAAAAAGUGUGCUGCACGUGCAAAGUUGCUUUUUUGCUAAUUAGACCUAUUGUUGUUUUUCAUCGUUCUCCGGCGUUGCCUUCGCCGCUUAAAAUGACAACGACGAUUUUAAGCUUAACACAGGGUUGCAACAUUGUUCCGACAUUGUUUCGAAUAAUUAAAACAUUGUUCCAACAUUGCAACGCUAUGUUGCGCUAAAAAUCGUCGUUUCGAAUCGUCCCGUGUAACAUCACCUUUAGCGUAACACUAUUCUAUAUCCAUGUAUUGUUUGAAAAAACUUUAAAUAUAAUCGAGAGCUUCGCUUUUAGCUCUGGUUAAAUCUAUAUAUUAAAAUAAAUAAAAACGCCUGAUCGCAGGUUAAAAUUUGAUUUGCCGUUCUGUUUUCGUCAUGGCCUAUAUAAAUUGGUUUUCUUCAUGCAAGUUCAAUUCCGCGCUUUUUAUGACCUGAAACAAGUUAAGAAAAAAAUAUUGCCAAAAAUUGUAUGAGAUGUGUAAUCAAUGACUAAUCGAUGGAUAAUCAUUAGAUAAUCGAUGAGCAAUCGAACGCAUCAAUUACUCAUCGAUGACAUCAAUGAGUAAUCGAUAGGCCACAAAAUUUUUGCCGAUCGAUUACCCAUCGAUUGCAGCGAAUAAUCAGUGACUAAUCCAUUAGUUACGUCUCGAAAUCAUUAAUACGUGUGGUCUCCUAUUGCGUAAUCCUCAAAUGGCCGUGAACAUAAAGGAUUUGUAUUCAUGAGAAUUCAUCAGAUAGAUUCAAGACUAGAUAAAUAAUCGCUGAAGUUUUCAAUACAAAACUUGGGGGUAAAGGAAAUCGCUUAAAUCGCAGCCGAUCGGGAAAAUAGCCACACAGUAAGCAAGAACAAACCAUGGCAAGUAAUUGGGAAAAAACGGUUUUUUAAUUGAAAAUUCCAGCGAUUAUUUAUCUUCUUGAAUUUGUCCAUAUAAAUCCUUUAUGUUCACGGCCAUUUGAUGAUUACGCAGUAUGAGACCACACGUAUUAAUGAUUUAACUCUCAUAUUGAGCUUGAGCUAGAUGUGCUUACUAUGAAGAUCAAGAUCUAGAUCGAGUCAGUUUCAGUCCAUCUCGAGUGCAAACGGCGCGAAACAGUACCAAAAGGUUUUUUUUCCUCUCGUAUGGCAGGAUGCUCUUGGGUCGGCCGCAGGCUGAUCGAUCUUACCUUCGGCCGAUGGCAGUAGCCACGAGCGGCGAGUUGACAGAAACGGGAAACCGCGAAUGAAAAGUCUCUGGUAUCCAGGGAAGUUGUCAUUAAAGAUGGUGAUCAAACCUCGCAGAAAACAGCACUGUACUGCACAGUCUGACGUUAAAGAAUCUGUGUUCCCAGGCCCGAUCGGGGACGUUUGGCGCCGGGCAAGAUGGAUAUAUUGUUAGAUGUCAUUUCACCUCAAAGUACUUAGGAGAAAAUGUAGCUAUAACAAUGUUCUUAUUACUAACCAUAAUUAUAUAGCUGUUAGUUAAUCCGACCUUGUCAGCAAAGCUAUUAUCCUUUAAUUUUCACGAACUGUCCAAUUAAGGAUUAAUUUGGAUAGUUCUAGAUACGGCUUUCCUUUACAAAUAGGCAAAAUGUCCAAUUUAAGAAAAAUAGGACAGCUGGUCUGAGCCAAUCAAAUGCCAGAAAAUAUAAUAGGCAGUGCAAACUGGCCAAUCAGCGCAAAGUCCCUGUGAUAACGCGCCAAAAAAAGUUUCGUUGUCUGACGACGGUUCGUUGGCGAACACUUUUGGCUUCUUGUUGCUGUGAACGUCGUUUUGUUUUGCUGCUGUUUUGUUUUGGCUUCUUGUCUGGGCCAUUUAAAAGGAAAAUGUAUGACCAAACUGAUGAAAGUUCAGUAUCGGAGACAAUCAACGCAUAGAUUCUUGAAAAUGUACAAGCACUGAAACUUUAGACAAGAAUAAGAAAACACUGAUACUUGAGUUUAGAUCAUGGCAUUACAAAAACAAACGGAACGUAAAGUCUGCGGAAAUCGUUUGAGGAAUGAACGAAAUGUUUAUUUUCAAUAGUUUUUGUAUUUAAAUUAAGUAUUUGCGUCGCUGCUUUGUCUUCUUUGUGCUCGAAUUUGCGGUUUUCACCUGUAGCACCAUAUCAUUCAGAUUAUUGAAGGAGCUUUCAAAAUUUUAAUUGGCAACAAAAUGCCAAAGUCAUGAAAGAGCAAUACUAGUUCUACGUUCACGGUUUAUUUGUAGAGAAGAAGUUGAAUGACACCAUAACAAUAAACCUUUUUUAGAUCUUGCAGUGUGUUUUUUGCAGUGUGUUUCGAGUGUACAAUAUUUCGCUUCUGCGACACGUUAGAAAAUCUGGAUUAACUAUAGUAAACAGCUAUAUAAUUAAUAAGUAAGAGGACUACAUGCUUGUCCAUUUUGGAAAUAAUUGAGUUCAAAAAAUUCCUCUGACAGCCAAAUUGGACGAGGCCGUAAAUUGGACAACAUGUAGUCCUAUUAUACAUACUAAUCGCCGGGGAGCACAGCUCAACUACACACUGAUCGAUUAAAGGGGAUACUUCAUGGUAACAUACACAAAUUCCCAUUUAACUUAAAAUUGCAUGUGAUCUCCACCACUCUUUAGCAUCCUUUAGUAAUCCUUUACAGUUUUCACCAAAUGAUUUAGUUUAAGGUUGAUAGUUAUUGUAACCUUCAAGCUGUUGUUGCUGGUAUCCACCAUCGCGUUUUGCAUUUUGCUGUUAUUUGAACCUGAUUAUAUAGCGUGGCGAAUAUAUAAGUACUAUGAUUUGUGACCGGAUAUGAAAAACCAUUGAAUAGCUGAUAUUCGGUGAUAUUUAUUUCCUUCUUAUCGGGAAAUAGUUAAAUAUCCAUUAUAUUACAUCACGCCGCAUUUAUGACCGCGGCGUCAAUACUCUCUUAAGGCUCUUCAUCUUCAACUCGAUCGCGAGUCUUUUCUUAGUUUUGGUGAAAUCAGGGCUCUGAUAUCUUUUAUUCCAAUCACUUUGUCUGGAAAUUGAGCCAUCUCGAGAAUUAGUUUUUCUUUCUUAAACAUUACUUUGCCUCGAGGUAAAAUGUUCAUUUAUCAACAUGUUUCAAUUCGAUGAAAAUUCAAAAGAUAACAACAUGUCAGUCAUAAACUGCCACUUUCAUCAUGUUCAUUGUACUACCAUUGGGGAAAUAAAGUGCUUGUUUUUGUCCAAUCAUAGUGUCACUGGGCGGAUAAUCGGAUACUUAAUGCUGCGUCAUUAAUGCCGCACGGUGCUAUGGUACAGGAAGAAAUCAGAAAAGAAGAUUUUUUAAUACCAGGGCAUGAGUAGUAGAAGAGCAAAGUCUUGUGAAUAACAAAAUUGUUAGAUAUCCUUUGUCGGUGCUGUCAGUUGCUGAUAAACUUGCAGUUUCCAAGCCUGAAGAAAAAAUACUUGAUAAGUUGAAAGCAGGUGGGUACAAAAACGUUGUACAUGAAAUCUUAUCUAACUUACUUUUAAGUGCUUUGCGUUUGACGUGAAAACAGACAAUAUAUAAAUCUACAGCCGUUCAGUUUUAGUCGCAGUCGGAAGUUUAGUCUUAUAGAUGUGUACAUUCACUUCGGUAACUAGAUAUAGGAGAGGAAAAGACCCGCAUACUAGUGGAAAUCAAGUAGCUCCGCUUUAAGAUUUUGUGGGAAAAUAUUUAGACACCGAAAAUCAAGCUUUCCACACGCCGCGUACACAUCUCCCACAAUGCACCUUAUUUGCCCCCCCCCCCGCCAAAUUUUGAAUAAGUUUUUUUUUCAAUUUCUCUUGGGACGGCUGUAGUACCCAGGAGAAAUGAAAAAGUGGCGUAUUUUGCGGAUUUAAACCUGUUAAGGAAAAACAGUUAAAAUUUGUAAAACUGUCGGUUCGAUAGUAUCUUAUAUCAAAGCCUCAGGGAACUUUAGGUGACGUGAAUCGACCUACCAGACUGAUGACACAUUGAGCUUUGGAAACGACCCUUUAUGAGUAUUAAAUUACUAAACAACUACUAAAACUAACUACUAACUAAAGUCUCAGCUAUUUUUAUUCCAGCGUACUGUAGAAAAUUAAAUUUGUUCAAAUCACCUAUGUCAUUGGAUAACAAGACUCAGCCUCUUCUAUUCUAGCCUCCCCGCAGACGUCCGUUGGGGUUCGGUUGUCACGCAUGACAACCGAACCCCAACGGACGUCUGCGGGGAGGCUACUUCUAUUCCUGGCAGAAACAGUUUUGCUGUCACCAUUAUUCGUUUUAUGUCCUAUAAAUUGAGCAAGUAAAUAAACUACUAUAAUUUCGGUUUAAACCUCAGCGCAUGGCCUGCGACAAGCCUGUUUGUUUGUCUUUGGAAUUAGCAAACUACUAGCUUGCGAGUGCCACACCUAAAAAAUUAAUGACGAACGUUUCCAAACCGCAGAGGCUAUAUAAACGCAACAGAAGGGACUGUGUCACUGUUUUCUAGUUCAUUUUGUUAGUAAUGAUAAUUUCUCGUCCUAAGCGCUAUGGAACUUCAGAAAUUACUUCUGAUAACAAAACCUCAGCUUCGUGUUAAACAAAUAUUUCCCGAAUUAUUAUAUCAUACCAUAAUUAAACGUUAGAAGCAAGAACUGAAUGAACUUUGAAAAAACUGUAGGAUAUUUGCCAAGUUUUAAGAAACCACAAUUGCAACCCGUUUCAAUCAGUCAAGUUGUCCAUCCGUGCUGCCUUCGAUCUGUACUUGCCUUGACCAGUUAUACUGGAGACGAAACAACAGUCAGAGGUGUGUUCAGAUCGCACGUUCUUGUAGCUCUAAAGAAAUAAUUACUGUUUGACACGGAAGUCGGAAGUGGCUCCUAAAAGUGUGGAAUAAAAAACCCCCGAGAGUCAUAUAUUACCGGACGUCCUUUCACGUCAACUUCUUGUUAAGCUUUUUCUUUAUGACAGUUAAUCUUUGACGUCAGUGAAUUAAAAAGCGAGCUGUGAAUUAAGUUAAAUGACAAUAUAAAUUGUAACACAAAUCGUCAUGGCCAUGAUCGAUAGAUAUCAGUUUAAUUAGUAUUGAUAACGGAUGGCGUCAAAUACAGGAAGAUGAACGAAAUAAUUGUUCAAUGAUGUUUCGGUUGUCUUCCAGCGGUGUGGCAUGACUAAACAGAAUACCAAACUAGGCUACUAUAGAUUGUUUAAUAACAGAAAAGAAACCAAUGCUUUCUAUCAGCGCUUUAAAGUUGGUAGAUUUGUAUUGAAAUAAUCUUUUGCGAUGAUUUUGCACUUUAACAUGACUACUUUUCUACUCUUUCUUUCUCUUUUUAUUCGUAUAGUUUAACAUCUUUAAGUUUUAGUUUUAGUUUUACAAGCUUUUCUGGACACAGGCCUGCCCAGAGGGAAUAGGCACGAACGGGACUCACAGGUCCCAUGCAAGGUGCCAACCUUAACGGGUUGUGGGAUUGGGUAGGGAUGGCCACACCACCGGGGUCUACGUCCUCUACUCUUUUCGAACAGUAGUGUGGGUUCUUUUACGUCCCACAAGAACAGAUCAGUGAAAGUGCUGUGAGACGGGACCUAUGGUUUUUCGUUGUUAUCCAAGAAGACUAGAAAGUCUAACCAUUUGCAGAUGUCAUUACAAAGGCAGCACUUUCUUCUCAGUUGUUUAAAGACCCUAAGUGUUGGUCCGGCCGGGGUUUGAACCCGCGACCUCCCGCUCAGCAGACCGUCGCUCUCCCAACUGAGCUAACCAGGCGGCGGUUUUUAACAAGUUAAAAGGAAUCACCAAUCGAUAAACCUUGUAGUUAGACCUAAUAUAUUGAAAAAUUUGCAACUAUUACAGUGGUCCGCUCCUGCUUUAGGAACGUCUAACGACGACGAAUGACAUUCUGCGCCCUGACUAUUAUUUUUUUUUUAAAUUACAAAAUUGAACACUUGAGACCCUGUUAUGUUAUAAAGCAUAUCAGUUCCCAGUUAGCCCUUGACUCUUCGUGAUCCAAAAUCCACUUUUAAUUACUGUAUUUUAAUCUUGGUUCUCAUCAUUUUAAAUUUUCACAGCAAAGAGCAAAAAGAUUUGAACUUUGGGAAUUUAUAUCGGUUUUCUGAACCAGAGCCGGAGAUGAACAAUCCCACGUUGCUUCUUACUGCUGCGAACUCUUCAUCAGCCGGUUGUUCUCCAGUGGUUUCUACAACGUUUACAUCGAUUCUGGCUGCGAUAAGUAUAGUGACGUUUGUGGGUAAUAUGCUUAUUGUCAUAGCCUUCAUAAAGACUCCCAGCCUACGGACAAGCACCAAUUACUACAUCGUUAACAUGGCUGUCUCUGACUUCCUCGGACCGUUUUUUAGUUGGCCGCUCUACAGCAGUGAUGGAAUGUUGGCACACAACGUCUUUAUCAGUGGGUCUUUAGCUUCUGCGUUUUGCAAACUGGGAAUGUACCUUAGAGCGGUUUCACUUGCCGUGUCCGUCCUGAGCCUUGUGUUAAUUGCCUUGGACAGAUUUGUUGCGACAGUUUAUCCUUUUAAAGCAAUGAUGAUAAUGAAUGUAAGAAUUCGGGCGCUCUUUCUGGCUCUAUCUUGGAUAAUACCUAUUUUUUUGGCAAUGCCUUACGUUCUUUUUGCCAAAAUAAUCAAAAUAGUCGACCAAACGUUUUGCAGAUUUAUCAUGAGCGACGAGUCUAUGACAAUUUUCAAUAGCUUUGGUAUAGUCCUGUUAUAUGUUUUUCCUCUUGUCACGAUUAUAGCGUUGUACGUUAUGAUUAUUAGAGCCUUAAAAAAGACGCCAAACUUGCUGAAAGGUCAUGAAGACGCGAAACGACGCAAACAGAACCACAGAAUUGUGAAGAUCUUGAUAUCAAUCGUGUUUGCAUUUUUUAUUUGUUGGACUCCUCUUUGUGUUUAUUUGAUUCUCAAAAAACUACACCCAUCUUUGUUCUUGAAGGACAAUUGUUUAUUUCUCGCUGGUUUUUCUUUCUAUGUCUUUCCAUCUUUGAGUACAGCAGUUAACCCCGUCAUCCUUUUUGUAUUUAGCACAAAUUAUAAUCAAGCCUUACGGACUCUUUGUCCAGCUCUAUUUUGUACUUGUAAAUGUGCAUCAAGAGUGAAACAGCUUUCGUGUUUGGUACGAAUUGUGACCAAACCCUUGAAGAACCUCCCACUAAAAUGUUUGUCCGCUUGUAACUGCAUUUUUGAAGAGAUACAACUUGAGCCUGAUCAAGAAUCAGCAGCAACACAAACUGUUAAUGUAGAAAUGACAGAUAUAAAAAGAACGUGUUAA